UCAAAUAAAGUAGAAAUCACUAGAAAUUACUAGAAAUUUAAACAUAACCUCAGAAAAUAAUACUCUUCCCCGGUGGAGUAAUAAUAAAUAAUUUUACAAUGCGUUUAACAAAUCUUCUCUUACAGAGAGUCGGAAAAUGGUCCAAACAAUAUGCCAACCUACCCGACAGAUACAUCGAACGCACAAUGAAUCAAGUAUAUUGGCGCAAUCCAAAAGGCAUCCAAUACAAACCAGACGCCGAAAUAAAACGCAAAAAGUUCAAAUUUGGUUUGCAUAGACCAUGGACAUUCGCAUUCCGACAAGAUAAUCAACCGGGAAGAUACAGUUCUAAAAUUUUCAUUGAACCAGUCAAAGAAUGGAGCUUCUUCAGGGGCGAUCGCGUUGAAAUUCUCGUCGGAAAAGACAAGGGAAAACAUGGUUACGUCCGCGAAAUUAUCCAAGAAAGAAAUUGGGUGAUCGUAGAGGGACUAAACACCAAAUUAAAAUCACUGGCAGAAGAUAAGAAUUUUGCUGGUGUAUUCAUCCAAACAGAACAGCCACUGCUUGUCACCACUGAAGUAGCAUUAGUUGAUCCAUCAGACUUGAAAUCCACGCCAAUUGAGUGGCGAUAUACUGAAGAGGGUGAAAAAGUGAGAGUAUCGCUGAGGUCUGGAAGGAUUAUUCCUGUGCCAGCUUCUAUGGAAGAGACAAUUGAUUAUAAAUCAAAGAAAUCUUAUAAAGAACAAGCUAAAGAUACUUUGGCAGAUGAUGCUUCAGCAAUAACUUUUCAACCAGCUCUCAAAACUUUCGAAAUGGAUAUUUUGGAGAGUAUGGGGGUUAAAGCUGAGGGAACUCCACCUAAAACAUAUUGGUAUUAAUGUACAGAGUAAAAAUAUUGUAAAAUUUGUUAAAUAAAUUAUAAAAAUUAGUAAAUUCUA